AUGUCAUCGGUUUACGAAAAAUUGCUUGACACUUCUCACAAUCCACCUUCUACAUAUCAUCAACGUCAACGUCUUGGUCUCGAAUCCAAACCUAAGAAAGAGGAAAGGAUAAAAAAACAACGAGAAGAGGAAGAACUUCCAAAUCAUUUUGAAGAGAGUGGUCACGAACCAACAUUCACACGCGAAGAUCCUGAUUUAACACAUUUCGGUGAAAAUUUUAAAACCCAAAGUGGUCAAAUUAAACGUGAAUCAAGGAAUGAAAAAGAUUCUGAGCUUGGAAAAUUGGGAAUUGAUACUAUUAAUAUGGCGGAUACUUUGAAUGAUGGUGAAUGUACUAAAGAAUCUACUAAGAGAGGUUUAGGUGUUCCUCAGGAACAUCAUGUUGUUUGUACAGAGCCAAGCUAA